UCCAACACCCCAAAUUCCCAAGGUGAAGGAACCAUGGCCGGAUCUUCUGGCACCCUCUACCAGUUCCGUCCAGGAGUAACGAAGCAGACGGUGGAGUCACUUGCUUUGAGCCUUCGGAAUCCACUCACCGUCCAAAGCUCCUAUCAAGCCGCUUUUAACGUUGCCCAUGUUUCAGUCAAUGGCGACAUGGUGGGCACUGGAGCCUACGCUGGGCUGCACCUGGUCUCCCCCCAGCUGAACGGGGCCGCCGUUGUGGGGACGGGGAGCUACGGGCGUUCCCCUUUGGUAGCUUAUGAUCCCCACGUGCAUUUGAGGGCUUCGGGCCUUUCGGCGGGAAUGCAAGCUGGCAUGUCUUCUGCCAAGCCGGCCUAUUCCUUCCACGUCAGCGCUGACGGGCAGAUGCAGCCGGUGCCCUUCCCUCCCGACGCCCUGAUCGGCUCCGGCAUCCCACGCCACGCCCGCCAGCUCCACACGCUCUCCCACGGCGAGGUGGUCUGUGCCGUCACCAUCAGCAAUUCCACCCAGCACGUCUACACGGGGGGCAAAGGCUGCGUCAAGGUCUGGGAUGUGGGGCAGCCGGGCACCAAGACCCCCGUGGCCCAGCUGGACUGCCUGAACCGAGACAACUACAUCCGAUCCUGCAAGCUUCUUCCUGACGGCCACAGCCUCAUCGUUGGGGGCGAGGCCAGCACCUUGUCCAUCUGGGACCUGGCGGCCCCCACGCCCCGGAUCAAGGCCGAGCUGACCUCCUCCGCCCCGGCAUGCUACGCCCUGGCCAUCAGCCCCGACGCCAAAGUCUGCUUCUCCUGCUGCAGCGACGGCAACAUUGUGGUCUGGGAUCUGCAGAACCAAACCCUGGUUCGACAGUUCCAGGGUCACACGGAUGGGGCGAGUUGCAUUGACAUUUCCAACGAUGGCACCAAACUCUGGACCGGCGGUUUGGACAACACCGUCCGGUGCUGGGACCUGCGUGAAGGCCGGCAGCUGCAGCAACACGACUUCAGUUCCCAGAUCUUCUCCCUGGGCUACUGCCCCACAGGAGAGUGGCUGGCCGUGGGGAUGGAGAGCAGCAACGUGGAAAUCCUCCACGUGACGAAAUCGGAGAAGUACCAGCUUCACCUGCACGAGAGCUGCGUCCUCUCCCUGAAGUUCGCUUCCUGCGGGAAAUGGUUUGUCAGCACCGGGAAGGAUAAUUUGCUAAAUGCCUGGCGAACCCCUUACGGAGCCAGCAUAUUCCAGGUAAGGGUUGAACCCUGUUCCCAAAAUGAUGCAAAGCUGUAA